AUGCCGUUCAAUAUUUCCACAUAUCCAUUUUUCGAUAAUCCAUGGGAUUUUUUCAUAAUCUGUGAGAAUGUGAAACGUGGUAGUCCAAAAUCAUCUCAAGUAUUGUGCAUGCUUGCAACACUAGAAGGUAUUCUAUGCGCCUAUUUUUUAAUCCCCAUUGUUUUAUUCAAUGUCGUCUGUAAUGUGAUCAAUGCUGUCAUAUUCCUACACGGUUAUCAACAAAAAACAAGACAAGUUGUCUAUCUUGGAGUUCUUGCGUUAAUAGACCCAUGCGCUUGCCUCGUAGAAGCUACAUUGAGAUUGAUCCCUGCCAGGGGUUUUCCGUAUGCAUCUAAUGGAGCGAUAUUCUUCUCAAUAAACAAUACAUCAAGAAUCGGUUGCAAGUUAUAUCGCAGCAUUUCGUCAUUUAUAAUUAUAUUGAAAGGGAAUAUAUUAGUUAUAACAAUGCUUGACAAAUUGUUGGCUAUUCAAUUUCCUUUGAAAUUUGGUAAAUUAACCCGACGACAUGCAUGGUAUUUUGUGAUCAUUAAUUUCGGUGCAGCUAUUCUUAUGACUAUACCAAUUGUGAUUCUGUCAGAUUGGACUGUGUUUCACAAAAGAAUUGUAUGUUAUGAACGUCCAAGUAAUUUAUUUCUAUCCCUAUAUUAUUGCCUAUUUUCAAAAGCAUGUGUUAUUCAAACAGCUAUCAAUGGAAUAUUGAAUGGAGCAUUACUAGUGAAAAUCUAUGUUUGGUUGCGUCACAGGCGUAAAAUUGCAAUUCUUUCGACACCGAUUACGAAGUUAAGUGAAUUAUCAGCGUGUAUUGUAUUAUUGAUUAUUUCAGGGACAACAUUUCUACUAACUAUACCAGAAGUUUUGGUCAAUAUUUUUGCAGUAUCAGUUCCAUUUGCAUCAGAUCAAAAUGGUGUAUAUAUCAAGUUACGUGUCGUACUGCAUUUAAGAGAUGUAUUUUCGAUUUUCAUCUAUAUGCAGUCGAUAUUCAAUACAAUGAUUUUUAUCUGGCGAAUGAAACACUUUCGUCAAUUAUUUUUGUGCAUUUUUCAAUGUAAUCCCUUUCAAUGA